CUGAGAUGCUGCUGUGCGGGUUGCCUACUUUUGAAGAAGGCUCCGUAAACUCUAAACAGACGUCAGGAUAUCUGUUUGUGUUGUAAACUUGAUUAUUAUGGCGUUGUAAUUUAGUCUCUUGUUUCGAUAGUUACUCCACUAUACGUCUAAAGAAUAAUUUCACUUAGAUUCCGGCCUCGAAAUGUUGUACCUAGAAGAUUAUCUUGAAAUGAUCGAGCACCUCCCGCAGGAGUUGCGAGAUCGUUUCACAGACAUGCGAGAAAUGGAUCUUGGUGUUCAAAAUUCAAUAGAUGGGUUAGAAAAGAAAGUUAAAACUUUCUUUACUAAUGCUAAACGCCUUCCAAAACUAGAAAGGGAUGCAGAACAUGAUUGCAUCCGAAAAGAAUAUUAUAAAACAUUAGAAGACGCAGAUGAAAAGGUGCAACUGGCCAGUCAAAUGUAUGAAUUAGUUGAUCGAUACCUCCGGCGAUUAGAUUCUGAACUAUUUAAAUUCAAAAUUGAGCUCGAAGCAGACAAUGCAGGAAUAACAGAAAUAUUAGAAAAAAGGUCCUUAGAACUAGAUGCUCCUCCACCCAGUAGUGGGGAGAAAGAAAAUCGCUACAACUACAGCUCAAGACCAUCGAAUUCAGGCAAACAGAAAAAACGGCGCGAUUCGAACGCAGUGGGUGGCGUUGGGAGCGGUUCAACUGAUAGCCGGAGCUCUAGUCAUAGUGGUUCUAUGUCGCACGGCCACCGGGACCCUCACGGUGGCCACAACCACCGCGACAGCCAUGGCCACCGGGACAGUCACCACGGCAGUCACCGGGACAGUCACGGGAGUCAUCGCGACGGUCAUGGGGGCCACCGCGAUGGUCACGGCGGCCACCGAGACAGUCAUGGCAGUCACCGAGAUAGUCACGGAAGUCACCGUGACAGUCUCGGUGGUCAUCGUGACGGUCACGGCGGCCAUCGUGACGGUCACGGGGGUCACCGUGAUAGUCACGGCGGUCACCGGGACAGUCACGGCAGUCACCGGGAGAGCCACGGCGGUCACCGGGAGAGCCACGGCGGUCACCGGGAGAGCCACGGCCACGGCGUGCACCGGGACCGGGACCGUGACGGGCACGCGGCGGGCUACAGGGACCGCGACAGCCACGUCCUGUCGUACGGCCUCGCCCCCGGCAUGCUCAAGGACCGGGAUCGGGACCGCGACAGAGACCGGGACCGGGAUCGGGAUCGGGACCGAGACCGGGACCGUGACCGCAGCCUGUUCGGCCAGACCCACCACCAGCUGCAGGCCGGCCUCGGCCACGGCCUGGAGGGCUCGGGCUCGUCGCGCGCCGCCGCCAGCCAGGCGCAGCUGCAGCAGCAACAGCAGCAGCAGCUCGGCAACGUGUCGCCGGCCACCUCCACGUCGGCGUCGUCCUCGGGCGUGCCCUACGGCCUCGGACACAUGGGCGCGGGAGGGAACGCCAUCGCGGCCGCCGCGUCGCAGGCCAUCGCGGCCACGCAGCAGACUGAAAGGAGUACUCAAGUGGAUUCAAAGGAGAUGCAACAAGGCCGUCGCACUGCAAGUCUGAAAGCAUCCUAUGAAGCAAUCGGUGGUGUGCAUUCUCAUGACUUUGCCAUUGGACGUGAAAUUGCCGGAGCAGCCCAAACUGCACUUGCUGCAAUACAUGAAGUUCCCAAGAAAAAGAAAAAAUCUAGUGCGUCAAGCUCGGCUCACGCACUGUCCUCAGGUUCUUCAGGCCUGGGAUCUUCUGUGGCAAGCCCUCAAAUCUCUGCCUCAUCAUCUGCUUUGGCUGACACAGGGCCACUAGCAGGAGAUGCAGCUGAAGAGGGUUUACUGGAUCCAAAUGGAGAUGGACUGGGAGAUGGAGACAAUCCCGAUUGGGCCUACGACCCCAAUGAACCACGUUAUUGCCUUUGCAAUCAAGUGUCCUAUGGUGACAUGGUGGCCUGUGAUAAUGAAGAUUGUCCAUUUGAAUGGUUCCAUUAUGCAUGUGUGAGUAUCACUGCACCUCCUAAAGGUAAAUGGUAUUGCCCUCAAUGCUCAUCUUCUAUGAAAAGAAGAAGGAAAAACUAGCAUACAGCCUCCCGUAGGGAUUGCCCUACGGGAGAGAAG